AUGUCCCCUGAGAUCCUGAGAGAGUAUGAUCGAGUGAUGAGGGAUCAGAUGAAACAAGGAAUCGUGGAACCUGUAACUCCCAUAGAGAAUGAGACUGAGGAGUCUACCAUCCACUACCUGGCACAUCAUGGAGUCAUACGUUGUGACAAGGACACAACCAAACUAAGGAUUGUCUAUGAUGCGUCGUGUCGAUCUCAUGGAAUCUCCUUAAAUGACUGCUUGUACGUUGGUCCUGCUCUUCUAGAAAACAUCCUUGACAUACUGCUGAGAUUCCGGUGCAAGCCUGUAGCCCUUACUGGAGACAUUGAAAAGGCUUUCCUGAUGGUUGGCAUAAAGAAGCCCGACCAAGAUGCCUUACGUUUCUUGUGGGUUCGUGAUAUUGAAGAUACCGAACUGGAUGUUGUAGAGCUACGAUUCACCAGAGUAGUAUUUGGCGUGUCGUCAAGUCCCUUCCUACUGAACGCCACAAUACACCACCACAUGUCGAAGGAUGGCGACUUGUCCUUCACAGAGAGAUUCAUGAGAUCUAUAUAUGUUGAUGACAUGACGGUCUGUUUCGACACUACGGAUGAUGCCUAUGACUUCUAUGAGAAAGCGAAAGCCCGUCUGCUAUCUGGAGGAUUUAACCUACGGAAGUUCGCCAGCAAUUCG